AUGACAAUUUUGUGCUCAUCUUUAUUUUAAACCUUACUUUAUUCUAACCAAAGCAAAGAUUUAUUAUUCAAAUAAUAACUGAAUAAACCCUUGAAUGAGCUCUUACCAAGUAAGUAUUUUAGCUUCAUAUUCCAUCUCUUUCCAAAUGUUUUGAAAUUUCUUUUAGUGAGUUUUUUAGCUUAAGCAAAGCUUUAUCCUUUUUUAACAUGGGAUAUUAAAUUUUGUUACUCUACUUUAUCUGAAGAUUCUAUAAACCUCUAGAAUGAUUUUAGAAUAUUUUUAAUGAUAUUAGAUUUUUUCACAUCGAAGUAGCUCUUAGAUUAUUGUGAAUCUGUGUACUCUUUAGUUGGUGAGUCUAAGCAAUGA